AUGGCUGCGACUGAAAGGGCGUCAAUUGCAGCAGAGACAACGCCGCUCUUGUCUUCUGCUGAGCAGACAUACGACUCUAGCCCGGCACAAUCAGAGGACAGAGACGAUGAGCUCGAGGAUAAGGCUCCACCCGAAGGUCCUACGGUCACCCGGGCAGAGGAAUGGGCUUACUACCUGUACUACAAUGGUGACAACGGCGUGGGGCCUAAUGGCUACGCCCCAGUCCUGUUCCAGUCUCUCGCUACGUCCUCCGCCAUCAACCCCAUCACUGGCCAGCCAUGCACCUCCACUUCUUCCACAGAUGCCUGCGUCCUUCCCUUCCUAGGUCGCGAUCGGCGCGUCGCCUCCAUCGUCCUCCUCGCCGACGGUGCUUCCUUCUUCCUCAUGACUGUGCUCUUCACGACCCUCGGCUCGGCUGCAGAUUAUGGCAACGCUUCGUCCACCAUUCUCUUGGGCGCAACACUGCUCUGCUGGUGUGCGCAGCUCGGCUUCCUCUUCGUCGGCGAGGAGAGAUGGCGCACAGCUAUGGCGCUCUACAUCGGUGGCAUGGUGACUUAUGGCGUAACGCUUGUAUUCUACGCGAGCGUGUUCCCUCGUCUGGCUAGGAACACGCCGGCUACGAAAACCGCGCGGAGGAAGAUCAGCGUGGUAGAGGGUUGCGGAGGCGAUGGUCUCGAGGCGGAGAAGGAGGCCGUGGAAGUGGAGGCGCUCGAGAGGGCGAGACUCUCGAGCCAUUCGACGGCGCACAGUAACUGGGGAUAUCUUAUUGUGCUCCUGCUGAGCCUGACCUUGCUCCUUCCUUCGUCAACGAAGCAUCUGCCACGGAUCGAGGUCUACGUCCUCGCCCUGACUGUCGGGUAUUGGUUCCUCCUCGCUCUUCCCUGGUUCACGCUGCAGAAACCGCGUCCAGGCCCUCCACUCCCCAAGGGCGCGAACUGGCUCACGAUCGGGUGGAAGCAGAUCGCCGCCGCCGUCGCACAGAGGAAGCAUCUGCCCUAUACCUUUGUCUACCUCACCGGUUUCUUCCUCCUCGCCGACGGCAUCAACACGACGGGCGCACUGAUCCGCGUUCUGCAAGCGAGGCAAACGCACUUCUCCUUCCUCUCCAUCACGCUCCUGAACCUCUCGCAAGCCUUCUUCUCCAUCCUCUCCUGCUACCUCUACCUCUACGUCCAGAAACGCCACCAGCUGUCCUCAAAGCGCAUGCUCCUAAUCACGAACCUGAUCUCAAUCGCAAUCCCGGCCUGGGGUCUCCUCGGCCUGCGCUCGAGCAGCUCAAUAGGGUUCAGGAGCGAUUGGGAGUUUUGGGCGUACAACAUAGUCUUUGGCGUGGGACAGGCGCCGUACUACGCCUACUCGCAGGCGGUCAUGGCGGACCUGACGCCACCGGGGGGGGAGGGCAUGUGGUUCGGCCUCUUUGGGCUGACGAAUCGCGCAAGCAGCCUCAUUGGGCCGAAUGUGUGCGCCGCCAUCAUUGAACGGACGGGAAAGGACUGGGCGCCGUUUGCGUUUCUCACGCCAAUCUGUCUUGCUGCCACGCUCGUCAUUGGGCUCGGGGUCGAUGUUGAGAAGGGGCAUCGAGAUGCGCUCGACUUUGCUGAUCGCAAGAGGGGAAGUGUUAGGUCCUAG